CAAAAGCACAAAUGUAGACAGUCUGUGUUGAACCACAGUUGUGUGCAGACACGUAUCGGUGUUUCAAUUUUAAAAGAUAUAAACACGUUCGCGAAGUGUGCAGCAAGUGAAGUUUAAAAGUGUGAACGUAUAUGCUUUGUCUUCAAUUAAAAAUUAAAAUAAAGCGUCCACAGAUUAAUUUAUUAUUUAAGGGGCAUCGACUGUGACAAUGUGGCGGUCGGCAUCGACAGGCGCGCGCUUGGUGGCGGGGCUCGCGCUUGCUAUGUCGCUGACGUUAGGCGCCGGCCGCCGCGGGCAUAGGGAUCCAGAGGCACGCCAGCACUCCGACAUAUCGCUGUGGAUAGACGAGCGACAAGUCCGCAUGUUCAGUGGCAUAUCAAUGCAAAUAUUCGCAAUAAUGAACGGCCACAUAUCGCCGUACAUACUGGACCCGAACUUCUCGCUGAAGCUGCCCGUCAUACCCUCGGAGGUGGGUUACGUAAACUUCACGUGGAAGUCCAGGAAGAGAUACGAGUACAACUUCGACACACUGACGUCGUCCGACCUCAAAGUGUUGAAGCCGCCGGUUCUCUCCAUCAAAACUAAAGGCCGGGUGCCUAAAACGCCUAAAGAGUUCAGUAUAUUUUUACCGUGUGUGGGCAACAGUAGCGGCGUAGCAUCCUUCGGUAUAAGUCUAGAACUCAAAACGGUACAUAAUGUAUCGCUAAAAGGCACCCCAUUAAAGUUAAGUCUAAAGAAGGAAUGCGCACAGAGAGGUGUGUAUUUAGAAAGGACAGAACCGGAUCCGGAAUGCGACAAAAAAUGUGCUAAUCAAGGUCGGUGCAACCAUGAAAAAAUAUGCCAGUGCCCCGAUGGGUAUAUGGGGCAGCAUUGCCGUACUGCGCUUUGUUACCCCCAGUGCUUGAAUGGCGGUAACUGUACAGCACCGGGGGUGUGCUCAUGCCCGCCGGGGUAUCAAGGCAGGAAUUGUGAAGGAGGUAUAUGCUCACAGAAGUGUUUGAAUGGUGGCAAAUGCAUACAAAAAGAUACCUGCCAGUGCACUAAAGGGUAUUAUGGAUUAAGGUGUGAAUUCUCAAAAUGUGUAAUCCCAUGUCUGAACGGUGGACGGUGCAAAGGUGUGAACAAAUGCCGCUGCCCCAUCGGCUUCGGCGGGGACCAUUGCGAAGUGGGGAUGCGCGGGGGUGAAUGCACGCGACCCUGCUGGCACGGGACGUGCGUCGGCGGCGUGUGCCAGUGCGAGCCUGGCUGGUGGGGGCGGAACUGUCGGCGCUCAUAUGGCUCAUCUGAAGAAUCCAGUGAACGUAAACCCAGACCGCGAUGAUGAAACAAAAUUAUUGUUGCAAAUAAUAUAACUAUUUACUUAAUAAGUAAUGAUGUGAUUUCUUAAUUUUAUUAUUUUAAUUUUUAUAUACAUAACUUUAUGUAAAUGAAAUACUUAUUAAUAAUUAGUCAUUUAGAUUGUAAGUUCUAUGUCAUUUAGGUUAAAAAAAAUGCAAUAUAAAAUGAUAAGAGAUUAUAA